GUUCUCCUUGUUUCUACUUUCUUGAGCAUUGUUGUCACGCUAGCUGCUCGUGUUUUCGGGUCAGGGUGUCUCUCUGCUUGCUCAAUCAUUGGAGGCUCCUCUGCCGGAGGAAUGAAUGUGCCUCGCUGAGGCCACUUCGUACAAUUUCUGAUGGAACAGUGCUGAAAGUAACUUGACGCAGACUUGGCUACUAGUUAGUUGUGAUGUGUGGGGUAACCAGACUUAUCUCGGAUACACAUGGCCACCCACACUUGCCGCUGCUGUUUCAGAUGUGAAAUGGGCAACCUUCUGCGCUUGCUGUCGAGGGACGAUGCCCCGAAGUACGACGUCUUCGUUGACUUCGAAAACGCUGAGCCUUCAGAAUCUGAACAGGAGACAUACUACGUAGUGCAGGAUGUGCUACAGCACUCAAGGGACAUACUCCUGGAACUUCAGACGUACAAAGGUGCGGGCAGCGAGAUCAGAGAGGCUAUAGCCAAUCCAAGGAGUGAAGCUCGUCAAAUGAAAGCAUGGGAGGCCGUGCUGCCCCUGGUGUCCAAGUUGAAGCAGUUUUACAUCUUCUCACAAAGUCUUGAGGAAGUUGUGCCACGCAUCCUGUGGGAGCUUUGCUCGGGUCCACGGACCCCUCGUGAGCACCUGGAAACGCAGCAGGCCCUUGUGAAGCAGUUUGCAGAGAUUUUGGACUUUGUGCUCAAGUUCGACGACCUCAAGAUGACAAACCCAGCAAUCCAAAAUGACUUCAGCUACUACCGCAGGACGGUUAGCAGGUUACGGCUGGCAAACCAGGAAAACAUAGAGGAUGGUCUGGAGGUUCCCAACGAGCUUGCGAACCACAUGUCGCUGUUCUACGCACACGCAACGCCCAUGCUGAAGGUGCUCAGCGAUGCAACGACGCGCUUUGUCGCCGAAAACAAGGACCUGCCCAUUGAGAACACCACUGAGACCCUGGGGACCAUGGCCAAGGUUUGCCAGAGGAUGGUCGACAACAGGGAAAUUUGUUCGAGAUUCAAGAAUGAGGAGACCAUCCUGUUUGUGCUGCGGGUGAUGGUGGGCGUGAUCAUACUGUACGACCACGUUCACCCCCAGGGAGCUUUCACCAAGACGUCUCAUAUUGAUGUCAAACGGUCAAUUAGGGUCCUCAAGGAACAGCCACCGAAUGUUGUCGAGGGACUCCUGAAUGCACUAAGGUACACAACACGUCACCUGAACGACGAAACGACGCCGCGCAACAUCAAAGGUUUGCUGGCCUGACUUGGACUGCGCUGCGGUAGUCAUCUCUCGAGUGUUCAAUUUUAAACGUUGCUUUCCAGUCGACCUCGCUCGUCACUUCUGUGCUACAGCGAAGGGCCGCGCCGUGCUAUGCACGACGCUUGUUUCUCUUUAAUAGCACCUGUGAUUUGUGUUCUUGUCAGCAACAUGAAAAAGAGCGCGACUUGGUCGACGAAAGUGAGCUGGACCACUUAAAAUUUUGUUUGUUUGUCGGUCACAACGGCGUUGAAUUUUAUGUUGGACAUGAUGUGAUGUACCGGGAAGAAACUGGUGAACCUCGCAAUGUGUUUGAGAGUGAGAAAGACGCAGGUAGGCAACAACAAGAUCUUUCCAUCGUAGAAACCGAAGCUUUCACAGAUUUUUUUUGGACGACAAACUGAGAUCUUUUAUUUGUCGACAUUGUUUAAGCACUUCUCUAGAACCUGUAUGAUGUUCACGGCUUUUAGUGAUUGACUUGGGCUGUAUUAGCUGUGUCCCCUGUGACUAAAUUUUUAGUUUGUUUUGCCUUUUACAGCAUUUCACGUGGUUUUAUGUAAGACCUUGCUUUCGAGUUAGAGGUAGAAUAAACAUUAUCGUCAUUGUAUCCUUUACCUCCACAGAGUGCUCAGUCAGUAGUUUUUGCUUUGAGUCCUUCAAAUAACAACCUUUGGGUAGUGGUCUCUUAGCUUACUUUAGUUUUGUAACUUCUCUAGCACUGUUUUCGUGUUUCCACAGAUUUGAUCUUGAGGUUCGCUCUGUGGGAAACCUUUCAAUAUAGCUUUCAUUUUUACGUUGAAAGUUUACGUUGUUGCCUUAUCCUGUGUGUUCUUUCUCUGUCCCUGCUGCUUGAACUGGUCAGCCCGUUUCUUUCGUUGCAAUUUAUCUUGCCUAUCACCGUACAUCAGCCGUAAGCAUUCAUCUCGUGCAUAGGCUGUGUUUGACAUUCGGCGUGUCAUUUUCUAUCUAUUACAGCUGCAAAAUGGUGUAAGGGUUCGCAAUUCUUAUAUCUAGACUAUUUGGAAGACUUUCUAGGAUGCCUUCAAGACUCGAGCGUAUGUACAGGUGAAGCGUUGCGACAUCUUGGCUGGUAGCACAAACGCCGGUGUCUGCAAUUUGUGUUUGUACUGUCACGUGCCUUUGUCACUACACAACACACGCACACAUGGUAGAUGGCCUGUUGCAACGUCGCUAGUGAAGCAGUCGAGAUUAAACUUGAAAGAGGGCUAAAAAAGGUCGGCCAUUCUCGUGCCCCCAUUAAGAAUUUUUCUGAUGUGCAAACGCUCAUUAGUAUAGUUUUAAAUUGUAGUGCAUAUACACAUUAGAAAUCGGGAUGUCUUUCUUUUCACAUUUUCGUGUGUUUACGAUCUAAAAUUUUCUACUUGCAUUAAUCAGAAACUUUUCAGUCUCAUUGCUAGUGCUGGUUGGGAGUUAGGCUCUCUCCCAUGUGUUCAUGCUCCUCCUGAUCAUAACUGAAUAGUAUACACUGUCGUUGAUGAUGAAAACUAAUGCCAAACUGUAGGAUCUCUCACAGUCACAUGACCACGUACCCUAGCAGUGGGAUUUAUCAGAACUGCAACCUAUGUAGUUGCAGUCUACUGUCGUGUCUUUUUAACCACGCUGUAGAUUGUCAUAUGGCUCUGAAGACCCAGUUCUGCUGUAAUCCUGGAAAACUGAAGAUACUAUACCUACGCUAGCUACAUGACUGCUGCUGUGGGAAAGCCUAGGAGCCUCGAAGAAUUUCAUACACGGAAAUAAUUUUUAGGACGCGUUUUAAAAGCUUCUACACUUGGGCCACGUGCUUCAAAGCCCCAGAUCGAAUUUUCAGUGGGGGGCAAGCCAACUUAUAUGUACUAAUGUGCGGCGUACGGGAUCAGAUAUGUACAUACUUAGGCGGAACAGAGACUGAGUUUCCAGAUAAUUAUUAUUGUUCUUUCACCUGGGCUUUCGAACAACGCAGUGGGAGGUGCAACAUGCCAACGACCCACGACUUUCAAGUUACGACAGCUGUGAGAUUAGUAACGCACUUUCACGAUUUGCGAGUACUGUAUAAUCUGAAAAUAAAUCGCACCUCGCCUUUAAACAUGGAGUUUCAUGCCUCUUAGAUGACAAAAGAUUACUCUUACGUACAAUUUCAGUCACCAAAUGCGUUGCGGCGCACAACUUUCGCAUUUUUUUUUAUCAAGGUAUCUGAGAAACUGUACCUCCACUCAUUUUCUACUACAAAGAUUAGAAUGAGCACAUUCUUGCAAGUUGUUUGAAAACAAUUGACGAAGUACUGUUCAUGAAUUUUUACCGUGUAAAAGAAACCUCAACAUGCAGAACGAUGCAGAAGGCGCUGUUGUGACAUUGUCUCUAGAAUUGGAAUGCAGGGAAGCCUGGAUCUGUCGCAAGUGUUGUGUUACUGACGACAUUGAUUUUUGUAGCUUGAUGGUAGGACCCAUAGGUGGCUCUCGCGUAGUGGUGCAACAGGGUUAGUCAUAAUACAAAACAGGGUGGAUCUCCUCGAGCUGCGCAAAAUGAUAGUGGUAUUAACUGCACAUGCAACACCUCGUUAAAGCUUUACGGUAGCGGCUGCCACGUAACGUGAAUGUUUAUUGCCCUAGUGUUUCAUAUGCAGUUAAGGAUAUUCAAUGCAUUCCUGUGUUGUUAGUCUGGAAAUUUUAUUUCACUUUGCACAGGAUUUGUGUUCUUUCCUUAACCUGUAAAAUUUACAAAAUUGGACUGCCUACGGUAAUGUUUGACGGUGGCAUUCAGGCGAGCAUCUAAGCUUUAUGAAGUAUCGUAGAAGUAGUAAUUUACUAAAGCGUGUUCAGAUUUAGCAUCUUAGCGUAACACAAGGCCACUAAGCUUCUUUGCAUCCCAAACCCUGAUUGCUGUCUCCUCUAAACUAGCUUGGAUUUUUUUACUCCAAAUCCAAAUUGUUAGGGCGCACCGUUUUGCUUUGCAGAAAAGUCGUACAUAUAAAUCUCUAUAAUGGGAGUAUGUAAUGCUUAUGCCCGACAAAGUGUUGCAUCAAGCACUUAAGUAAUCUCCUUUUCCACUUGUAGAGAAUACAAAAUGUCUUCCGCGAAACUCUCUGUAGAUGAAGCGCAUUGCAAAGCAAAAUACUGCCAAACCACUCAUUCUGUCGAGGCAAUUGUUUUUUUCUGCCUGAACAUCACGCCUGGCCCACCCACUUUGUGGCGGCCAUUUCGCAACCAGGGUUUUGCCAUUGCACAUACUAUAGGCAUGUAUCGAGAGGUGCUAUUUUUGGAAAGACGUCGUGAAGGUGGUUGGGUUGUGAGAAAAGUUGGCUGUAUCGUUGCAAGGUCAGUGAUGCGUGAGGCUUUUACUAAUGUGAGCGUGCGGAAAGAAAGGCUAUGUCCACGGUAGUACAUUGACAACUCAACCCUCUGAGUGCAGUUUAGGCUAAGUGGAAGGCACUUUACUUUUACAUGCCAUAUAUCUGUCGAUAAUAGAGUUCUUUUUUCGCCCGCCACAAUGACUGAGUGCAUACGUAUCAUUCUGUUGCAAAGCCUAAGGUUAAGGGUUCGAUUCUCUGCUGGUGAAGUUGUUUUUAGAUGCAAGUGGAAUACAGAAACAUUCGCCCGUUCAGUUUCACUUUCGUGUGAAUAUAAACCCUGCUAGUUAAUAUUACUAGAGGCGGUGCAUUGAGUUGGCAAGCCCUAAGCACCAAUCGUGACUUGGUAAAUUUUCAUGCUCCGUGUAUACACAGUGAAAAGGUAUGAUGGAGUUACUUCAGUUUCUAUAAUUCACAUGAUAAAAGCCACUUCAGUAUUUGAAACAUCAUCAAGUUAUGAUGUUUCAUCAUUGAAACAUUAUGAAACAUCAAACGAGACAUCAUUGUCAUUGCGAGAGGAUAAAAAAGACUUCGAUUUCAUCACUUCGUGUCUCAGCGUACUUGUAAUUUAAUGUGAAAAUGAAAGCUCAUUUUGUUUUGGCUGCGGUCUCAUAUAAUGACUGUAUUGCAUGUUAUUCUAGCUAUUUAGAAAGAGGCGGGUUUUUAAAAGCAUUUGGUCAGACUUCGAAGUGGUUAAUCAUUCGUACCAUUACCUAGUAAACCUCAUUGCAUUGUAACUAACGGCAAUUGAUCGUGUGUAUGAUGACUGCUAUUCAUAAGCUAUGCAUAGUUUCUGGUGGCAGAUUUUGAUUUGACAAUGGUCUACUGCCUGCUAAUGCUGUAUACAUUGUAAAGCUCAAUACAGCUCUUUGUGCAUGCUCAGAUUAACAGUGCUAAACUUACACAAAUGUAUGUGUUUGCUGCUUAUAUGUGUGUUAUUUCUGUGUAUUAUAUUGUCAUUACCAUCCGACGUGAGCAGUUGUGACUAUUUAGCUUAGAAAAAACAAAUUUUUGUCAGGCCUGAUUGAGUGUUUGCAAGAGUACACUUAAUAUGAGGUUUCAAGAAUCUGACGAUGUCGCCGUGGUUAAUCGUUCAGUCAUUCGUGGCCUUUGGACUUUCCACAUUCUUUGAUUUAGCAGAGUUCUUGAGCUCUUCUCAGUUUUGUUGCCACAGUCCGAAGCCUCUAUUAUUUUUUCUUUUGUUUUAUUUAUAAGAUGCUAGUCAUUCUGGUUUCCCCAUUGUAUAUUUGUUUUUCUUAGCGAUUUGCAACAACGCGUCGGUAACUUUUGUUGGCGGUGGUGUUGCAUGGUUAUUGUAUAGCCUAUACCGCUCUCACUUUUUUUUUGUAACUGUUGUGCAAAAUCUGUGUUUAUGGGGGAUCGUUCUGAACUAUUUCGAGUAUUUGCACAUCGAUGAUGAUUUUAUGUGAUUUUGGUGGAAUCUUUGUUAGCUCAUGUAAUCUUUUUUUUUUUAAGUACAUUUACUCUACUGCAGGGGAGGCUCUGUCUUAUCAUCACUCCAUGUAUUGUGAUAAUUUGUGCGUACACUUUUUCUUCUCAUUGUGUAACGAAUGAUAACUUGCAAUGCACAUCGCUUCUGUAGACGAAAUAAUUAAGCAUCUGUGUACUUUGGCUUCAUAUAGAGGUACCCUGCACAAAUACUGCUGAAGUCAUGUCAAUAAUUCCUGGUCUCAUAAUAAUUCGCCGGAGAAAAGCACCAUUGAAAGAGCACAAAGUAUGUUCGACUGAGUGACUGCUAGUUCUAUGGUCGAGGUCAUGAAGGAGUGCUGACUGUUCAGCUGGUUGGUACUAAAACAGGGAAAACACUGCAGUGUUCAAGAUGAACUUGGGGUAGGGGCCAUAAAAAUAGAUACAUAGUCUUGCAGCAUUUUUAAUUUACUCGCUGUGGAUGCGUACAUGGUCCUAACUGUGAUGGCCUCCUCUUUGUCCUGUUAAGUGCGAAGUAUGCUUGCGCAAAGCUCAUUCUUUGAGAGGUGUGCUGUUUGCACUUCGAACAUAAACCUAGUGUUGAG